ACAUAUGACAUAAUAGCAUGUAAAUUAGUACUGAAAUAGUAAGUGAGUACAUGAAUGUGUGUGUCUGUGUGUGUGUGUGUGUGAGUGCUGGGGCGCAACACACGGGAGGGACACACGUGAGUGAAUGAGGCUCCAACUACCCCCCAGCGUCAUUACCUGUACAGCGGGCAACACCCAGCCGCCCGACGCACCACAGCGGCGGCCAGUGCUUCCGCGGCGGCUGUCGGAAAUCAAUGGGAGCAGAGUGUGGCCUUCCUCAGUCUAUACCCAACGAGAGCAAAUGACAAGCCGAAAACACCCUGAAAAUACGCGGCAAAACGAUCCUGUUACAUCGGAGUACAAUGUGAGUGAUGUGAAAUCAAGUUAAAAGUUACCAAGUGAUGAUACUCGAGUUUUCAUUGAGUGUAAUAUAUAAAAGCAUAUCGAAGAAGUACGGCGGAGGGCAAUGUAAUCGUCCGCUGGCAGGAACUAACUCGAGGUAAUAUGACGUUGCCGAUAUCCUUCUCGUGACCCCACCGUCUUAGCGCUGGGGGGCAGUGCAGGGGUCGUGACGUGACAAGCAAAGGUGAAAAGUUUGGUUCUCUAGCCCUGCUCGCGUGUCCUCGUAUGUCUCACGUCGCCGUCCUCAAGACCUUCCUCGCCCACCGCUUCUUCACCCAAGUGUGCAGCACCAACUGGACGUACCACCACCACUACGACGACAACAACAACGAACAGCACCACAGCUCCUCGUGUUUCCAAAAGGUCGUCGAGAUGGUGGUGACGGUGGGCAGGUGUGGCCUCAGGUGCGGCAAGGCGGUGCUGCUCGUCUUCAACCUCGUGUUCUUUGUGACGGGCCUGGCGGUGAUGGUGGUGGGCGUGUGGUGCGUGGCCGGCGAUGGCCGCGACGUGAUGCUGGUGCUGGCCCCCACGCCUGCCCACCUGCCCACACUCAUUCACCUCGCCUACGGACUGGUGGGGGCGGGCGGCGUGGUGCUCUUCACCUCCGUGCUGGGCGUGUGGGCGGCCCUGAAGGAGAACAAGUGCGGCUUGGGAUGGUACGUGUUGGUGGUGCUGGUGGUGAUCGGCGGUGAGGUGGCGGUGGGGGUGCUGGGUGUCGUGUACCAGCUGCAGGCUGUCCACAACCUGGGCGCGUCCCUCACGGCGCGGCUGAAGGCUCACUAUGCGUCUCCAGGGCACGAAACCUUCACCCUCGCCGUCGACUACGUGCAAUACCAGCUCCAGUGUUGUGGCGUGGGCGGCCCCGCGGACUGGGAGGAGAGCGCCUGGCUCCUGGAGGGGGUGGGCGGCAACGGGCGGGCCGUGCCUCUCACCUGCUGCAUCCUCCACCUCUCUGCGGACGCCCACGUCAACCCGCGACCCAUCAACUCAACGCUGUGCCAGAGUGACGAGCCCCUCGACCAGCAGCUGGCCCGCCACCAGCAGGGUUGCGUCGGCCGCGUGGUGGGCUGGGUGCAGGCUCAGAGCGGCCUCAUCACGGGCGUGGGCGUUGGGGUGGGAGUGCUGGAAGUGGCUGGUUUGGUUGCUGCCGCUUCCCUCUGCCGCGCCAUAAGAUCGACUCAGGACUAGCACCACGCCACCACGCCCGCCACUCGCAGCCAUGAACGGAGCAUAAACCACACCAGCUCCGCCGCGCAUUCCACCAUUAAGCCCUACCAGGAGCCGCCGAAGAGUGAGAGGAGGCCCGGCCACGAUCCCCCGAAUAUUCA